UCUCAAUCGCUUAAGCUCCUCAACGCGUCAACACCAGGAUCCACUGCACAACGCGCGCGCCCACGAUGAGCUCAUACAGACCAUACCCGCCUCAAGGCAAUGCUCGGGACGACCGCAAUCGCGGUCGUUACGAUUCCCGUUCUUCGCAUCAUCAGCCGCCGCCACCUGGAGCAGGCGACAAUUGGCGCAACCCGUGGCCCGAAGACCGUGAGUACCGCCACCUCUCAAGAUCGCAAUCUCCACCGCGGCAUUUCGACCGUUUUGGUUCUGACAGAGGACACAAUCAAAUAGGACGAAGAUCAGGAGGCUACGAUGGAUACAGACCCGAUAACCGACCGCCUCAGGGCGACUUCACCUUCCGGAUGGAUAAGCCUUCUGGCGUUGGCAGCACCUCCAGAGGAGACUCAUACCGCCCCGGCGCAUAUCAGGGCAACGAUAGAAGAAGGGCCCCACGCGCUCGUGGUGGAUUGUUUCGUGGUCGCGGUAGGGGCGGGUACCAGAAGAUCAUCCCGGCCGAGCGCGAGCUCUUGCGCACCCGCCGCGAUGGAGUCGACGAGAACCUGGUCAACGAGGAGGGCGCCGGUGUAGUAUACCGCGACAUCAAUGACCUUUCGGACGAUGAAGAGGCCGACAUGGAGAUUUCGGACAACUCUGACGAUGAUGACGAGGAAUCUGGUGAGCCUUCUAGCAAGCGCGCCCGCCGCGCUGGCAACGACGAGUCGGGUAACAGCGUCCCGAAAUGGUCGAACCCAGACCCGUACACCGCCCUGCCCCCGCCCGAUGCGGCGGAACGCAAGAAGAAGGACAUGGUCAAGAUGAUUCGGAAGGCACGAGUCGACGAAACUGCCGCAGACAAGCUCAAGGCCAGCACAGAAGCCGAGGAGUUCAUUUCCUUCGACUUUGACGAGCCCAACGAUGAAGAAGAGAUCAUUCUUCCUCCUUCUGAGCCACCCUCGCCUCCUCCUCCCCCUCCUCCUGGCCCCGCGCCUCCUCUGCAAUCCUCAUCCAUCGCCUCGAGAAUCGCGCCCAGCGGUCCUCGUUCCGAUCGUUCACCUGCUAUUAACGGAUCAGCAGCCUCGACAGCGCCAUCCACGCCAGGCAAGCCUUCAACUUUGCCGCCCAGGCCCGCUGCGCCCAACGACGCUCUCGGCUCCCGGAAGCGCACAGUCGACGACCACAUCAAGCCUCCUACAUACGCUCCGCUCAAGAAAGUCAACAAAAUGCCUGUGGGUGGUGCCAUUCUGCCUGAGUGGAAGGUGACCAAAGGCGAGGAUCCCACGCCCUGGAUCGACGCCGACCAUUCCAAAACCUCGGACAUCAGUGUUUGGCUUCACAAGGAGAUUGUCGACUUCUACGAGGUCGUACGCCCUCGCGACUUUGAGCACGAGAUGCGAACACGGCUUGUCGAACGAAUUCGCUCAGCGCUCAAAACCAACCGUUUCUACAAGGAAUGCGAUGUUCGCCCAUUUGGCUCAUACAUGUCUGGCCUCUACUUACCCACAGCUGAUAUGGACUUGGUCAUUUGUGAAAGAAGCUGGCUGAAUGGUGCCCAUUCCAACUUCUUCGGCAUCAAGGCUCUGAGGAGCUUUGGUAAGUUCCUGUCGUCCAAGCGCCUGACCCAUUACAACAGCAUGGAGUUCAUCGCAGGCGCCAAAGUCCCUCUCGUCAAGUACAUUGAUACCGAAACCGGCCUUCGGGUUGAUAUCUCCUUCGAUCGCCUUGAUGGUCCCCAGGCGGUCAAGACAUUCAUUGAGUGGAAGAAGCAGUAUCCAGCCAUGCCAAUCAUCGUCACAAUGGUCAAGCACUUUUUGGCGAUGCGCGGUUUGAACGAGCCUGUAAACGGCGGCAUCGGAAGCUUCACUGUGACCUGCAUGGUCGUCAGCAUGCUACAGCUUAUGCCCUCUGUGCAAAGUCGCAACCUUACCCCCGAUCACCACCUUGGACAGAUGCUCAUGGAGUUCUUCGAUCUCUACGGAAACAGGUUUGACUAUGUCAACACGGCAAUCCGGCUGAAUCCUCCGGGUUAUGUUCACAAGGUAAGUUCAUCUUAGUGACCUUGUUGACCACGUUCACUAACGUUCCCAUCGCAGCACCGAGUUCAAGACGUCGUC